UUUUUUUGUUUAUAUUUUUCCCUUUUUCUAUUUCAAGCUGUUUCUAAGUGUUAGUGCACUGUUUGAGCAAGAGAAUACCAUAAAGAUCCAAUCUUUAUCAAGUUAUGACCCAAAUUAUUUAAAAUUUAUGCUACCCCUUUUGCUCCUCUUUUCAUCUGUCUCCACAAAUAAACAAAUGCCCAUGUCAUUUUCUUUUUGAUUCAGGCAGCACAAAUGGAUGGACUCUGAAAAUCAAGAAUGGAUAAGGGUUCUUCAUCAUCCACAGCUUUUAAUAACAAUGGUGGGCUUGACUCCCUCAACGGCUUGAAAUUCGGCAAGACAAUCUAUUUUGAGGGCCGUAUGGGCUCCGGGUUGAAGCCCAAAUCCAGGGGCGGCACGGCGGCGGCGGAGGUGCAACCGCCGCCGCCAUCUCCGGCGAAGAGGUUGAGGGGUGGAUUUGUUCAGGGUAGCCAGCCGCCGAGGUGCCAGGUGGAGGGCUGUAAAGUAGAUCUGAGUGAUGUUAAGGCUUACUAUUCAAGGCACAAAGUCUGCGGUAUGCAUUCUAAGUCUGCGAAGGUAAUUGUUGCUGGGCUUGAGCAGAGGUUUUGCCAGCAGUGCAGCAGAUUCCAUCUGUUGCCCGAGUUUGAUGAAGGAAAACGGAGCUGUCGAAGGCGCCUUGCUGGCCACAAUGAGCGUAGGCGAAAGCCACAGCAAGUAUCUCUGUUGUCUCCUCGUUAUGGGACUACCCUUUUCCCAUCUGUAUUUGAUAAUAAUAAUAAUAACAACAUUAGCAAAACCAGAGGCUUCAUGAUGGACUUCGGCAGUUACACGCAGCCCUUGAGAAGCUCGUUCCUGAACUCGACACCUGCACAGGAAGGAUUAACAAACCGAGCUGCCGCCAUGUCAGCAAAACUCCAGCUCCCAAUGCUAAACAACCCACAAAACUCUCCAAGGCCCGAUUUUCUUACAAGCAAGCCAAGUUACUCCUGUCCUGUCAUGUCCGAAUGUUUCGGUGAAGCUCCAGACUCCAACAGUGCUCUCUCUCUUCUGUCAAAUCAGGCCUGGGCUGGCCCAAAAGGCCAUCUUGGGCCCAACGGCAAUUUUCUCGAUCAGCCGUCCGAAAACCCCAGCAGCCCGGCUGCUGCUGGCCUGUUCAUCUAUCCCUCGUGGGGUUUUAAGGGCGACGAGGGUAAUGGGCCUAAUGGUGGCUUAAAUGGAAUGCCUUCUUAUUUGGGCUUGGGCCAGGCCCCAAAUGGUGGGUACAAUGGAGUACUUGAGUUGGGCCAGCCGAACGAGGGGGGAUUUCAUGAACUGGAUCAGUCGAGAGGGUAUGGCUCGUCUGUCCAGCACGUGCAUUGGUCCCUCUGAGUUUGUUAUUUCUGUCUUUUUGUUUUUCUGUGAUUUGGAUUAAGAAGACUUUUGUGGGCUUUUGCCGAUUGUUUGUGUUUGAAUGCUGUUUCUUGCUUUCUCUGCACUAAAUCGAUUGCUACUAUGGACUUCUGUUUGGGUGAAAAUCGUGAUGUUUGUGUGGCAUCAUAAAAUGCGUAUUGUCGUCUUGUUAUCAAUUUCUUUC